UCCUACUAAUUGCACGACAUCACUUAUCGGAUAUCAAAAGCAAAAUUAAAACGUGCAAAAAUCGUGGUAGAGGCUCGUGUUGCACGCGUGGAAACAUCCACAUUAUUGCUGAAUUAAAAAUUCCCACCUCGUGAGCGAUUAUAAUUUGCCAUUGAACCAUCAAUUUUUGCACGCAGUCACACUUGACGCAUCCAAAUUUCUACCGAUAAAUGGCCAGUAUUUAAGGAGCCGUCACACACUAUCCAUCACAUCAACCAGCACAAUGAUGCGAACAUCAGUAGCUUUCUUGGCUGUCUUUGCCCUAGCUCAGGCACGAACCCUUCAAGAGCAAGGCGCACGAGCAGAUUGCACUUGGUCCAUCAACACCGACCUCCCAGCCACCCAGGCGCUGUACAUUAAACCUGGUGGCCCUCUGAACACCAAUGGCUUCUGGCUCCCGCAGAGCGGUGACAUCGUUACCGUCCCUGAAGGUGGCCAGGUUCUUUUCGCCUGCCCCGGUGGAACCCUGACUGGUCCAGAAACUACCGAAGCUCUGCUCACCUGCAGCGGUGGCAGCACUUUUACUGACGAGAGCGGAAACACCUUCUUGUUCAACACUCUAGCGUGCUCCCGUAACCCCUUCCACACCGCCAGAAGGGUCGCUGGUGCUUCGUGCGGAAACAGCGCCGACAACUCACUGGUGGAAAUCGGUUUCGAACUUUCGAAUGGUGACUUCUACACCAUCAUUGAAACCUGCUUCAAUGACGUCACUUUGGACUCUCUCUACUCCAAGAAAAUUCAAGUCCCAGCCAUCGCGGGCCACCAGAUCGACUUUCCCGACGCUAGCUUUGUCUGGGACAGUGCCUUCUACCCUCCAACCUUGGACCUGAACGUCCAGUACUCUAUUGAAGGACAAACUGCUGCUAUUGCUCAAGCAGUUGGCUCCGUUGAUCUCGCUGCGCAAUAUAUAAAAAUUUCUCCAGAUGUAAAUUUUUUGACUCACGGCCGUCUGACCGCUAAACGUGACAACAUUUACGGCUCGCAGCAAAGGGCCGCCUUUUGGUAUCUGAACAUGGCUCCUCAAUGGGAAAACGUCAACGCUGGCAACUGGGACGAUGUGGAGCUGAGCACCCGCACGUUUGCGGCGGGCCGCCCCAACGAUUUGGCGGUGUACACCGGCACACACGGCACCACCACUCUUGCUGACGUGAACGGCAACCAAGUUCCCAUCUACAUCGGCUACGAUGAAAGCGGUAACGGCGUCCUCAAGGUUCCCGCCUUUUACUGGCGCGUCGUCUACGACGAGACCACCCAGCAGGGCGUCGCCUUCGUUGGCCUUAACAACCCGUACAUCGACAGUCCCGGCAGCGACUUCUAUCUCUGCCCUGACGUGUGCAGCCAGAUCUCCUGGAUUAACUGGGACCCCAGCAACCAGGCGCUUGGAUUCGCUUACUGUUGCGAGGUAGGCGCUCUCGCACAAUUCGUCGAGGAGAUCCCAUCCCUUACCGUCACUGGGCUCCUUACGUAGAGAUGAAUAAUGUAUCAUCGUAUUCAGCCUUGAAGAAUUUCAUUAAUUGAUAGGCAAAUAAAA